CAUGGUGGAAGUACAGUGGCGUGUGUGUGUGUGUGUGUGUGUGUCGUUUUCAGUGUGAAUAGAGCAAAUGAUCCCUCCUUUAGCUGAACUGUAGAUCUCUUGGAAUGUUUGACCUUUGGUAGCUGAAAGGUGGUGAGUUAUCUUUACGGUUGAAUCGAGGCAUAAAAAUGAGCCCAAAAUGAUGCUUAAAGAAAAAAAAUUUUUCCAAACAGCAACAGCUAAGGAGAAUAUUUAUCACCAAAUUAGUUUGUGGUUAAUAUAAUAGAAGCAUCAGAAAUCAAUGCUUCUAUGUAUAUGUUGUUUCCUGUCCAGUAAUGCAUUCUUCCUCUUUAGUUUUCCCAGAAAGUUUAGUAUGUCCUUCCUCUCUUGUGCUCUUUCAGCGGGACAAAAACGGUCUCAGUUCAGCUUCUCCUUUUAGCUCCUUCUCAGGUGUUGACCCACUUUACUGCCCACGGCAACAAAUGACAUAAAAAUCCAUCCCUUCCUUUAAGUCCUUGUAAAACGGGCUCCAGUAAUCCCUCACCCCCCCCAAAAAAUAUGAAUAAAAAUUUUAAAAAAGCUUCCUUUUAGUAAUAGUUUAAAGAUGUGUCUUUUUAUAGCAGUCUGCAGUCCCAGGCACUUACUUACGCUCUCUUACACACAUAAACAUUCGUUUACAGUUCCUCCCACCGAGUUUCUCCCAUCAGUUUUUCCUGUUCUUCCUCACCUGAGUCCUGCCCUCUUCACAUCACCUGUGGUAACAAUAGAAACCUGCCCCACCUGUUCUCUCUACCCAGCCAAGCCUCAUAUCUAAUGAUGCACUAUGGGAAAUGAAGUCAGUUGGCAGUGAACUUACUCAACCCCCUCGUCCUUUCAGGAUUGUUGCAGUAGUGUACAGCACCACCUCUUAGCAACUUGUUUUAUGGUUAACUUGUGAGGCAAUGAGUCAACUGGAGUGGUUUAGGAAAUGGCACUUCAAAUGUGGGUAGAUGUAAAAGUUAAAUUCCAACCAUAUUUUACCAGUUAUUUGAUAAGUUAAUUACCAAAUCUUUUUGCUGAUUUCAAUUGUCCUUAAAAAGAAACAAAAUCCAAAGCUUCACAUGUUACUGAAACAGUUACUAAUAGUAAUAGUACACCAUUUCCAGUAACAUUUUAAAGGUAAAGUAUCAGUGCUGCACUACAGCCCUGACCCUUCCUUUGUUUUUUAAAGGUUUUUCUAAUAAGAUGCUAAUAAGGCUCUUCUACAGAGAUCCUGGGUGCAGACAUUAACCUUGUAUUGCUUUGUUUUGCUUUUCUUUGUACCCCGAUUGCCUGGUUCUGCUGUAGCCUUCUCUUGUUAAAAGGGAGUGGUACCUCUCCACUGUUGCCACAUGCUUGCUUCGGGUGGAUUCAGUAUUGGACAACCUGAACGACCUUUUACCAACUAGAAUGAAAUAGUCAGCCAGAUUUGAUUGUGAUGUGAUAUAAUUUUGAUUGGACUGCUAAAUAAAUAAACUGAGCUAAGUCGUUAAUUUAUCUAUUCCUUACUAGCAAUUCCAAAACAAGUAUUUUAACAUAAACAUGUUUAACCUGUAAUUACAUUAAAGAAUGUUACAACCAGUGUGAUUGGGCUUAUUUGAACUACUUACAAAAUUCUGCGAUGGAUUUUACUCCAAAUUAUAUCUAUCAAUUUUAAGAUUUCCCUGAGAUUUAUUGGAGAAGAAAGAAAGCACUGGACCACACUCACGGAAUACAAAGUGAUAGUGGAUUAUGACUCAUAUACCAGUGGAAGCUUGGUUUCUUGGUCUGAAUGUAUAAACAUUGCUGGCGUUGAAGAUUUUUAAAGUAAAAGACACAGCCAGAACUGGUGCGGGGAUGAAAAGAAAGCCAUAAAAUUUAUUAGCGUUCCAAUAUUACAUUUAAUUUAUAAUAAGUACGGGGUUUUUCUAAAACAUCCAGAACAGACCAUUUACAAUUUGCCAUAUUUUUUGAUGAUUUUCUUUCAGGAGAAUAAACUAUUGUGAAUUCAAAACAUUUCAGAUAAAUGAUAUUUUAUAGGAUUAAAUCAUAUCUAAAGCUUUAAAAGUAGACUUCAGGUACUUAACAUGUCUAUAAUCCUAGUUACAGCCUUGCUAAUGCGCUUUUAUAAUAACCGGGCUGUUCAUAACCACUAUUAUUUCCUACACUUUCCGGACGCCACCUGAAGGCAGCACGGAGCCAGCAUCCAGCACAUCGCAGUGACGUCCUGUGCGGAUGCGGACGACAGAUGCCCUUACAGUCUCCACCGCAAGCUUCUUUCUGUUUUCUUCUUAUGUAAAAAAAAAAAAGGGGGGGAGGCGUUUUAAAGCCUGGAAGAGUCACCAGCGAGAAUGCAGAAGAGCUCAGUGGUCGUGGUGGCGGAUAAAACGAGCCUGAAAAGGCCGUUUAUUUUCGCUAACGCUGUACAUAUGGCUUUGUGUUUCUUCAUGUUGAGGAUGACUGUUAUUUGGCAUAGGGACCUCAUACAAACUGGCAAGAUGGUUCCCAGUAUUUCUGUAGCAAUGAUGUAUGUGAUCGAGGUUGGCUGCCUGCUGCUGUCUGUGCUCGGUGUGUUUGGGGCCUGCAAAGGGAAGAGAUGGUGUUUGAUUCUGUACGCAGCCGGGAUGGCGGCGGCCAGUCAAACAAUAAUUAUCAGAACGGCACUGAGUUACCAAGAUGUUUAUGAGAAACGUGUUGUCCGUGAGGAGGCCAAGCUGCUGGCCAUGAUGCCGCUCACUGCGCCGAACAAAGCCAACAGGACGUUGCUACAUAAUAUCCAAGAGGAAUUGGAAUGCUGCGGUCUCAUCGAAGGGUACAAGGACUGGGGUGCAUCCAUCCCCGCCUCCUGCAACUGUCACUAUCCAGGAAAAUGUGUUCGACUACGGGGCAGCGCCACCAUCGGGGCGCCGAAGAACCAGUAUGUUUAUCGAGAGCCUUGCCUACCGAUUUAUCUCUCUGAAUUGAAGUUGGCCUUCUCCUUGGUGAUGGCUAUACAGUUCGGGAGCGGAGUAUUCUGGAUCAUCCUACUCGCCAUGAGCAUCAAACUGAUGGGACAGAUCAAGAGGAAACAGGAGUUUAUAGCUCUCCUCCAGUCCAACAGAUAUGUUCCCGGUGCUUUCUAGCGCAGCAGUACGUUUUAAAACACACACUUACCAACUCCUACAAGCAUACAUGGUUUGAAUUGGCACAGGGAGCUGCAUACCAUAACCAGGCUAUAAUGUGCUGUAGCAAUAUAUGUUAUGAUUUUAUACAUGUUACUGCAUGUAACUGAUGUUUGAAAGUGAUCUACAUGGUUAGAUUAAUAUUAUAAUAUUACUGUUUGAAGCCUUACUGCUGUAAAACAAAGCAAUUUUACUUGUAUUUACAUGAUAUUCACACUUUUACAUGCUUCCAUCAUAUAGAAGAUUGUGCUUUCAAAGAAUAUUUUGUCAAGUAAGUUGUUUUUCUGGUGCUUUUUUUCUCUCCAUGGGACAUGUAAGGAUGUCCCUUAAUAUUUUUUUAAGUUCAAAAUAACUACCCUUUUUUUUGUUUUACUUCAUGUGUUCAAAAAUGGUUUGAAAUUUCGCUAUUCUAUUGAUUAUUUUCUCAUUUUCUGUAUUCCAACCUUCCGAGAUUAAUUCAGUGUUUCUAACGUGUUGUUGGGUGGUUCAGUAGCGCAGUAGGUACUGCUUGUUAUAAAAACUGGGAUUCAAAAGUGUAAAAGUAUGACUGCGGCUUUCUGCGCUCUCCUGACUUAAAAUGAUGUUUGGUGAAGAAAAGUGUAUUUUAAAUGUACUUAGCUGCUUGAAAACCCUUUGGAAAUCCUGUAAUCUGUUGAUUCAUAAACUCUACAGCUCUAAAACGUGAUCAUAAGUGCUCUCUAAGGAGAACCCUUCUUCAAAGCCGUUAUGCUACAGGUAGAUAUGCCAAACAGGAAGUGAGGUUAAGGUGUUAAUCAAGCACAAACAUGCCCUGUAUUAUUUGCUUCAUGUGACUCUGAAGAAAGUCACAACUUUGUUUAAGUCCAAUUUCUUAAAAACAUGUUUUUUUUUUAAUCAAUAUGUAUCAACAUUCUGGAAAAAUGUGGAAAAGUAUGGCAGGAUUUUCCUAGUUAGAGAAAGCAUUGAAUUAGAAACCAGAACGGAAAAACGCAUUUUGAGGCUCCCCCACCUACAAUCUUUGUCCAUUCAUAUGUUCAUCCAGCCAAACCUCAAUCUGUCAUCCCCAGGGCAUGAUAAUGCUGUCCAUCCAUCUACUCAUCCAUUAUCUACUUACUUAUCUGUUUGUGUUGUUGCCUCUUCCUUAUAAUCCUUUCUUUUUUCUUUUUUUUUUGCAGGUUAGGUUUUUAGGAUUUGCCUGACCCCUGUUUAAAUAUUUUUCAUAUAUUCAGCGAACUGGGCUAAAAAGGAAGGACAUUUGGGCUGGAAAAAUAUAGAUUUUUGCCAUGAAAAGUGUGUAUGUAUAUACUUACUAUAUAAUAUAUUAUCUCAAUCCAGUUGAUUCAAAGGCUAACUAACAUUUUGUCGAAAACACUGCAGUAUUUUUUCCCCACAAAAAGGUCUAGAGGGCACUGCAGAAACAUUAGAACGAAAAAGAUGCUUUACUGAAAAUGGCAGAUUUCCUUUACUAAAAUUAAAACGACAGCAAAACUCUAAUUUAAUUAUUCAUCUAUGUUGUCAGGGUUUGUCAACAGAAAUCUUAUCUGUAAAUUAGUUGUUUAGGCUUUCAAAAAAAAAAAAGCCUACUGAAAUGCGUUUCGUCAAUUUUAAUGGAGCAGCAAGAAAAUCAAAACCAACAAAUUUACAUUGGCUGAUUUUGAUCAACUACUAAAAAUAAAAUCAGAUUUUUUUUUUCUUUCAUUCAGUGCAUACCUGAAAAUAUUAGGAACUUCUGCCAUCUUCAGUCUAUAAAUAACUACCUCUAUCAAAGAACCAGGACUAGAUUUGCUCAUGUGUUUAAUCCCUAAUGUGAAUCAGUAAGCCUGGUCUUAAAUAAUAAAAAAAAAGAAUCGGUAUUGAACAGUAAAAGCCCGAUUGGUGCAUCUUAAGCAGCUUUCAACAACCUCACUGUAUACAAAAAAUCGUGUCCUUGUAUUAUAUGCAAAUUUUUUUUUUAAAUAGAAAUCAGAUGAACAUUACAUAAAACCUCCACAUGCACACACAAUGCACUUUCUGUCUUUUCUUUCUCCAUUUGUUUCACUGUUUGUGGAUAGAAAAUAGACUCUAACUUAACAUGCCAUCUGCAAUACAACCAGUUAUGUUAAAGAUGAUUUUUUUUUUUUUUGUCCCCUAAGCACACAUGAAACUGCAUUAGAGUGAACAAUAAUCGUUGGAAAUUACUAAUAUUUAAAAGCUUCUUUCAGCACUUUUUUUUUUAAAACAGUGUUUACAAAUGCUUCUAUUGAAUAUAAUCAAGUAUUUCUUGCAUAUAUAAUCAGGUUAGACCAACAGAAUGAGGCACAUUUCUCAUUGAAUGUCUUGACCUCUUGUUAUGCACAUUGUAUAUAACUGAAAUGUUGUCAUUGCAGGUUUUUGUUUUUUUUGAAAAAGCACAUUAAAUGAGUGAAUGAUGUUUGAUCAGAUUAACGUGAUUGAAGAGAUGUCUUGGUUUUUGUUGCACAUGGAGUAGAAAUGCAGUUAGACCGUCUUUUGAUUUGAAAAAAAGAAAUGCUGACCUGCACCGAGGUUCCAGAGAGAUUCUUGUUGGGAAAUAAGUCAUCAGCUUUCUAGCAGAAAUUCCACUGGAGACUUUCGAACAACUCACCACCAUAAGUAUUGAGUUUUCUGCACGAGCUACCUGCAGUAAGAGGUUAAACAUUUUGAAAUGAAAUUAAUCUACCUGUGCACUUAAACCAUAAAUGCCUGAUAUGCAGUACAUUGUUUAAAGUUAUGGCAACUUUAUUUAUGCAGUCACUGUUUUUUUUAUUUAUUAUUUAUUUACAAUGUGAACCUUAAAUAAUGUUCUGUAAAUAGUAGGAAUAAAAAUUUGAUUUUUGAUUUUCGCUUAAAAUUUGUUGUGGUGUGAUUUAUUACGACUUUAAAAUAUGUGCUCAUAUGUGUGUUGGCUUGGUAGCACGUAACACGUAGUUACCGACUGUUUAAAGGUUGGCUUUUUAAAAUAUAUAUAUAUAUAUAUACAAUGUGGAGGAGGAAAAACAUGUAUUCACAAAAUAAAUGGUGUGAUUUUUUUAUUUAUUCAAUAUAAAAGCUAGAAAAGGGAGAUAAAAAAAUGUGAAGUCACAUCAUUCCCAACCAGUAUUAUGAAAAAAGAUAAAUCAAAGUUUAUAACAUUGUACGUGUUGUAGUAUUUAAGUUCCAGAGGAACAAUAUGUAUAACAUGUAUGGCUCAGUUAAAAUAUUUAAAAGUUUUUGAAGUUUUUUGAGACACAAACACACACACAGUGUGACGUUUUCCAAGGAACAAAGGUGGUCCUCCAGCAUGAGGACCCCUAGUGGUCAGUGGAGGAAACAGUCCUGAUCGUAGAACUUUCAUCCAACCAACAUUUCUGCAGUUUAUUUUCAUUGGUUUGUGUAUUUUUUUUAUUAUUUGAAUUUGUUUUUUUUUUUUUUUAAAUCAUGUUAUGCAUAAGCAUCAAAAUGAACAGAAAUAAAUACAAAUAUAUUACCGUGUAUCGCCCGACUGUGUGAUGAAAUUAGACGCACAAAUUAUUCACUUUUAAUGAGUCACCUGUAAGUUAAAGACAUCAACAAGAGAUAAAAAAAAUAAUAA